GGGCGUCGGCGUGAGCGUGGGCCGGCACGUGUGCGAGCUGAGCCUGUGCCACGACGAAAAGCGGCGCUGGCGGACGGACAGGCGUGGGGGCGGGGCAGGCGCGCCAACGCCGCCGUGGAGGGCGGGGGAAACGUACCAGGUGGCGCUCGCGGCCAAGGGCGUCACCGGCAGCGCCUACGUUGACGGCGUGCGUGCGGGGCCGCUGGAGUGCGCCCUCGUGCCGGCGGAGGCGGCGGUGGCGGACGAAGAAGUGCCGCUCCCGCCGCAGGACGAGUUGUUGUACGUCGUCUUUUUUUGGAGGCGGCGCGAGCCACGUGACGCUGACGAACGCCUUUCUGUACAACCGGCUGUUGCAGGCCGCGGAGCUGAAGGCGCUCGUGAGGGAGAAGCCCAGCGCCCCGGCGACGGCGGAGGAGGCGUCGACGUCGGCCGCUGCGCAGGGAGGGCCCGGAAACGCAUCCGCCGCCGGCCCGGGAGGCAAAGGCAAGCGCGACGGUUCCGUGCGUGGGCGUCUGUCCGCGUUGUCGCCGCUGCCGCUUCUGCUGGGGCUGUGGGUGUGUGUCUCUCUUCACUGAGCCGGAGAACAAAGCAGCGAGGGAGGAGGCGGUGCGACCUGCGCUGGAACGCGUGCAGAGUUUGUUUUACGCUUGUUAAUCGUCUUCUUCAGUGGAGCCCCUUUUUUUCUUUUUAUGUUAAAUAA